UCGGAGCGCGGCGGCGGUUUAAAGGGUGUUGAAGGAGGCGGGCGAAGGUUUGAAUUCAAAUAGCGUUGGAAGCUGUUAGAGGAAAGCGGAGUGUAGGUGGUGGAGGCAAUAAUGGAGAAAAUGGGUAAAGAGAACCUGACUGGUCUCCCAGGUCAUAAUGGCAAGGCAGCUGCUGUAAAUGGCCCAAAACGAGUUCCUGUGACCCAGAACCGGACACCUGGAGUUGGAGUCCAACCGCAGCGUGUUUUGGCUGCUUCAAAUGUUCCCCAGCGUGUGCCUCUUCAGGUUCAGGCACAGAAACGAACUGUUGUCAACCCGAAACGUCCCAAACAGUUAACUCAGCAGCAGCCAACAUGUCCUGUUCAACAAACAUCUCGGAGUCUAGGACUAAAUAAAACCACUGAAACAUCUCAGCAGCUCUCUCUGUCUGGGAAAAAAGCUGAAGCAGAAGGUAUAUCAAAUCAGAAGAAUGAGGCUGAAAGGGCGUCAAGUUCAAAAAGCGAGACCAAAAAAAAACAGUGGUCUCUUGAUGACUUUGAAAUUGGUCGUCCUCUGGGAAAAGGAAAAUUUGGAAAUGUAUAUCUGGCUCGUGAAAAGGAGAGCAAAUUCAUCUUGGCACUGAAGGUCUUGUUUAAAACACAACUAGAAAAAGCAGGUGUAGAACAUCAGCUGCGUCGAGAGGUAGAAAUACAGUCUCAUCUUCGGCAUCCCAAUAUUCUACGACUUUAUGGUUAUUUCCAUGAUGCAACAAGAGUCUACCUAAUCCUGGAGCAUGCGCCACGUGGAGAAGUAUACAAAGAACUCCAAAAGCUUUCUAAAUUUGAUGAGCAGCGGACUGCUACUGUAUGUUGGUCUUGUGAGAAUAUUCCUCAGCUCUGCAAAUGGGUCUGUAAUUUCAACAGUGCUUCGAUUGAACUCCUUACACAUGUAAUCUUUGUUCUCCAGUAUAUGACAGAACUGGCAGAUGCUCUAUCAUAUUGCCACUCAAAAAGAGUAAUUCAUAGAGAUAUAAAGCCUGAAAACUUGCUGCUGGGAUCGAAUGGCGAGCUAAAGAUUGCUGACUUUGGAUGGUCUGUGCAUGCUCCAUCUUCUAGGAGGUCAACUCUAUGUGGUACCCUUGAUUACUUACCACCUGAAAUGAUAGAAGGGAGAACACAUGAUGAAAAAGUGGAUCUAUGGAGCCUUGGUGUCCUGUGUUAUGAAUUCCUAGUAGGAAAGCCUCCUUUUGAGGCACAAACAAAUCAGGAAACAUAUAGAGCCAUUUCAAGGGUGGAGUACAAAUUUCCUCAUUUUGUAACAGAGGGAGCUCGGGAUCUGAUUUCAAAGCUGCUAAAGCAUAAUCCGUACCACAGGCUGCCACUGGAAGAAGUGCUCAAACAUCCAUGGGUUGCUGUGAACUCUACAAAACCUCCCAGGCAUAAAAUUUCUGAAACCAUCUCUACUACUAUCCAGUCAUAGCAUGGUGCAUGUGGUAGUUCACAGCUACAAAAUAGUUGUGCUGGCAACUAUGGUAAUACAGCCAAUAUAGGCUCCUUGGAGUUGGACUCAUACAGCAGAGUAUAUUGCAUAAUAGCUGUGAUCAUGAACCUUUUAAAAUUGGAGCUGCAAUUGUACAACACGUCCACCUUGAUGGAGUUUCAAGUCACAAAGCAGUUCAUCAUUAUCUCUAUGUAACUUGAAGUCCUCUUGCACAUGAUCCCAGCACUUGAGGCGUAGCUGGUCGAGGGCCAUCUCAACUAAAUGGCUACUAUUUCCAUUUUCAUUCUUGAUACUUGAUAGCAAUAUGAGAUCAAUUCAUGAAUGAUUGAAACAGUGCAAUAACAUUCCUGGAACUGAAUCCCCUUACAGGAAAAAGUUAAAAACGCAUAUGCAGUAAUGUGAAAUGAAUGGAACCAGCCUCUUUAAAUGUGUGCUAACUGAGCAUUCUCUUUAGUUGUCCUGUGUUUAGCUGUGAGGAAUUUUGAAGUUCUACUAAAUAAAGACUUUUAUAAGCAA